UUUCUUCCUUGUCUCUCUCUAACCGCCAAAAUUCCCCCCGGGGCACCUCCCAACCAAUUUGGACCUACCUCCUCGAUUCUGAGAAUUGAGGGUAUUUGUCCAGGCCCCAUCCCGUGUGAUAUUUCCUCCCAUCCAAUGCUGGUGGUUCGAUCGCAACUCACCCUAUCCCAUGGUCCCUCCCGCCCUCCGCUCCUCCCCUCAUCCGCAAACGCUGCAAGACCUGGACAGAGCCCCGAAUAGCCACCUCUUCGCCCAUGUCGACAGCAUCUAGCCAGUCCCGAGGCAUCAACCGACGGAUUAACAGCCUUCAGAAUGAAUCCCGCCAUUCGCGCAGUCUCUCGGGGUCACGCAGGCGCCCCGUCAACUCCUCGACUGCCUACAACUACGCUCUCCGGGUAGCCUACCUCGCCUAUCAACUCCAACCUCGUUCGCGUCGGGUACAGAGUGUGCCGGCUCCUCAGAGGCCCAAACGGACCUCUACAUCGUUUCAUGACCUGAUGAGCGAUUUUUCCCUGGUGCGGGAUUCCAAGAGCACCCGGAUCCCCCAUGGGUUCAUCGCGGAGCUGGAGAAGAGGCUGACAGGUGUCCUGAUCGGCAAAGAGAAACGGAAAGAAUACCAAGAUACGCUGGUCGUGAGGACGUUCGCUGCCUUUCUCAAUACUUUGAAGGACCAGUCGUUCAAGAAGCGCAUGGAAAAGGACCGGCGGGCCGAAGACCUUGUUCUCAUCUUCUACUCCAAUGCGACCAAAGAACUGAGUAAAGGGAAAGACCCGGAAGAUGAUCAUUGGAAGUUGAUGGUAGACAGACAUGUGGCUCUCUUCGUUCGUCUCUUCGCACUCAUCCUGAGGGAUCAUGACUGGGCAAAAGAACGACCUGAGCUGGCGAACCGUCUGUCAGUGUUGGAGAACAAGCUGCUCUCCCAGGAUCAAGAUCUCGUGCAGACGAAUGGUACUUCUACGGUGGAAGUUGUUGCUCCUCUCAGCAAUGAUGUCAAGGAUAUGCCACUUGUGCAGCACGUCGCGAGAAUCUUUGACGUGAACUUAAGUCAGGUACAGGCGGACAUCGGCAAAAAUAAAGCGACAUGGACUGCCAAGGCGGCUCUUCAGGAUCUGAAAGCUUACCAAGCCCAUUUGAAUCUCAAGACUCGGAGGACCUUGUCUCGGGAAGACUUCGAGAAUGAAGAAGUAUAUGAGCUUUGGAAAAAGAACGAAGGCCCCGAGUUGUCACAGAUGAUGCUUGCCAUCGUGCAAUCGAAUCCUGAACUCGCUAAAAGUACUCCAGGGAGUGUGCUUCCGAAGUUCAACUCGAAUGCCGGUGAUCAGGACCUGCCGGGGGAGUUUUCAAGGACCAAUUCCGACAGGCCGUUGUCGUAUGUCAUAGAUCCGUCUGUGGAUCUCAGUUCGCUUUCCUUGGGGGACGAUGGGGCGGAUGCUUCUGACGAGUCUGAUACAUAUACGUACAUACCCCAAGAUCCGAGGUUUAUGUAUAGGUUUAUACUGGCCCAGACUCUCAGCCAUGACCUCAAGGAUCGCGAGCUCGAAGCAACGCAGGCUACAUCCGAAGGCCCGUCUAUGAGGCUAUUCUCAAAGCAGUCAACGGAAUUUUUGAAUGAGGUCUGCCAUCGCUGGCGAAUUCCAAAUUUUUCCCGGAUAGUCUUGUUUCUGGAUGUUGUCCGGUCCAAAUUUGUGGAUAAUGAGAUCGAUCUCAAUACACUUGAUUCGGCUUUCACUAUUGUCAAGGAACCACCCUCUGAAAGCAAGAAGCGUAGUAGCUUCGUGGCUUCAGCCCUUUAUGACAGACAAAAGUGGACCAUCCACGACCUUCUUCUAAUGCAACAGAUAUUGUCCUCUCUUCACGAGGCUCUCCUGAGGGAAUUGUAUGAUGUGAUGAUGGAUUGCUACGAAGGAAAGCCCCGUCCGAUUGGUCCAGUAAUGUAUGUACUGGAGAGCCAUAUUCAAUUGGAUCCCAACUACACGGAGGAUUUGGAGGACAUCGAGCGUUUCCGAUCAUACGUACAGGACGGGCUCGCGCAGAAAGCGGCCGAGAAAUACCAAGAACUUCUCGGACAAUUGAUUCCAGUCCAGCCAGAUUCUUGGGAACUGGACCACGUAAUCCAGCUCUGCGAUGCCAUUACCAAGCUGGCCCAGAAGAUCAGAAAGCGCUAUCGAAAUAAUCCUGAGAUUAUGGGGGUCAAUCCUUACCUAAUCUUACUCUCCAACGUUCUACCCAUAUUCUCCGAGGACGCUCACGAGAUGGUGGGCAGGAUAAUUGAGCUGGAGAAAGUGAGAGGCGAGGAGACGGAUAUCGAGGAUGGAUUUGAUUUGUACAAGCGACUAGCGGAUGUGCGCCGCCUUUUCACCGAGGCACUUCCCGACGCCACCUUCCCAUUCCACGUUGAAGGCCUGAUGGAAGAGUUCGUCUGGCGGUGGAUCCGCCUGACUGAUCAGAAAGUCGUGGACUGGGUAGAACAGGCCGUUAAGCAAGACGCUUUCACCGUUCGAGCCGACGGCCUCGAAGAGGUAGUCCCUGAGGAAAACAGACAUAGCGUGUCAGUGAUCGACAUAUUCCGCUCAUUCAACCAAGUCGUAGAGCAGAUGAUUUCACUUGAGUGGGAUGAUGAUUUCCAGUACGCAAAGUUCAUGACCGCUUUGUCUAAAUCCAUCGGGAGCGGUGUGGCAAGGUAUUGCGAAUCUUUGGAACAGAUGUUCGCUAGGGAGAUGGAUCGACUGUCUCCUGACCAAGAGGCAGCUAUGAACCAAACCGCUCAAGAGAAGCUGAUGCAGCUAGCCAAGGAAGCAUGGACGAGCAAAGAGAAAAUCGAACCGUUCCAAUUCUUUCCCGAGUCUUUGGUUAAGCUCAACAACGUCGAAUAUGCCCUUUCUCAAUUCGACAAGCUCGAGCACGAAAUCAAUGUUGAUGGUUGCGCGGAGGUUCUAGCGAGGCAGGCUCAGCCUCAACUCCAGAAGAUCCGUAGAUCUACCACCUAUGUUUUCACUAUCAAGGUUGUGGAGGCGGAGGACCUAAAGGCCUGUGAUAUGAAUGGAGGAAGUGACCCCUAUGUCGUACUCGCCGACGAAUAUCAGAAGCGUAUAGCAAAGACUCGCAUCAUUUACAACAACCUCAAUCCGCGGUGGGAUGAUGCCGUCGACAUCACAACGCAAGGCCCACUCAAUAUCAUUGCAACGAUCUGGGAUUGGGACGCAGUCGGGGACCACGACUAUGUUGGUCGGACUUCCAUCAAGCUGGACCCAGUCCAUUUCAGUGACUUCUUGCCACGAGAAUAUUGGCUCGAUUUGGAUACGCAAGGCCGGUUGCUGCUUCGCGUGAGCAUGGAAGGAGAACGCGAUGACAUCCAGUUCUAUUUUGGCAAAGCAUUCCGGACGCUGAAGCGCACGGAGCGGGAUAUGACCCGCAAGAUCACGGAAAAGCUCUCCGCUUAUAUCAGCCAUUGUCUCUCGCGUCGGACGCUCAAAUCACUACUAUCCAGAGGACUAAGCAUAUCCAGCGUGUCCAACUUUUUGAACCGGAACCGAGCCCAGUCAACAACCGCAACACCGUCGAAUGCAGACGUGGAAAACGCGCUGACCCCCUUAUUCGACUACUUCAACGACAACUUUGCCAUCAUGAACAAAACACUCACCUCGGAGGCUAUGAAAAUGGUAAUGGCACGCCUAUGGAAGGAAGUUCUGGCCACAAUCGAGAGUCUGCUGGUGCCUCCGUUGUCCGACAAGCCAUCUCAUCAAAAGCCUCUUACUAUGCAAGAGGUUGACGUGGUCUCGCGCUGGCUCGUACUCCUUUUGAACUUUUUCCACGCCAUUGAUGAGGAAACCGGUGAGGCUAAUGGUGUUUCCAUCGAUAUUUUGAAGUCGCCCAAGUACCACGAAAUCCAGACCCUGAACUUCUUCUACUUCGAGUCUACUGAGACCCUCAUCCGCACCUCCGAGCGAAUGGCCUCGGCGACGAUAUCCCGGCAACAGGCCAACAAGAACCGGGUAUCGGCGCCGCCGCACCUUGGCGCCGCCGGGUCUGGCAGCGUUCUGGGCCUUCCCAGCGCCCGUCGCGCCAAGAGCAUCAUGCUCUCGCGCAAUCUGGGCACUAUGAAGAAGAUGAAGGAGGAGAAACGGCGGGAAGCCCAGGCGGAGCCGAAUGACGACAUGAUCCUGCGCAUUCUGCGCAUGCGUCCAGAAGCCGCGGGCUAUCUGCGCGAUCGCAGUCGGCAGAAGGAGCGACUGGCCGCGGCAGCUGCGGCGGAUGCCAUUGUGAAGCAGAGCCUGAUGGCGGGGGCCGGGGGUCGGAUGACCGGGACCCUAGGCCGACGAUGAGACUCGGCCGUUCUACCAUUGUUUCUGAUUCCCCUGUCACUCGCAGCGUUCUGUCUAGUACUGCUAUCUUGUUUCUUGUCUUUUCGCUUUGCGUUCCAGCAUGUUGCGGCAUCAUUUGGCUACUUUGAUAUGGACGUGAUGAUUCCCAAAUCUAGUUUGUUUGCAAUUCAGGGAGCCAUUAACCUGCGGGUUGGACGUUUGUUUGGGAAGUUGUCGAGUUUUACAUAGCAUAAUGAUAGUUAAUCACAGCAGCAACACCGCACCGCACUGGAAACAAUCAGGAUGACG